GUUAGAGAGUAUGUUUGUUGUACAUGUAGUAUCAUGGCGACAAAUGAUGAUGAACCGAUGCACUUAUAUGAAGUUUUCCAAAAUUGCUUCAAUAAGAUAGCGAAUAAACAACAAGAUAAGUCCAGGGAUAUGACAUAUCCUAUGGCAUAUCCUAAUCCUGGUACAGAUGGAUUAUCACAGGAGUGUAUAAAUCCCUUUCCUGGUGUAGAACUUCUUCCUGUCGGUGAUGCAUAUUUUCAGUAUUCUGGCACAGUUCAGCAAAGGCUUUUACCCAGUGAAGCAGUCAGAGGUCCACCUGCAAAAAGAAAACGAGAAGGUCCCGAGCCUAAAGAAUUAGAUGGGCAUUGGAUUCCUCCAUUUAGUUCUGAAGGUUUUGACCAAGAUUCCACUAGGUUUAAUUCUUCAAAGCCUGGCCCAUAUUCAGAUGCUUUUUUUAUAGAUGGUCCACAUGCAGCUCCAGAUCCUUGGUCUACUAGUCCAAGCCUGCAAUCCUCCUCGUAUUCAUAUUCAAAUUCUGUGAUUGGCAUUCCUGCCUCUCAUCCACCUCCCACAUCUUCUGCCUUUUCCACUAUGCAUCUUCCUCCUGAGCCUUUGGGUUAUAAUACAGUUUCAACUAGCCACGACCCAUCUUUGAUGGCCAAUAGUCUUCCACCCAUGUCUAGUUUCAGGGACCCGUCCAGCCAUAGAACACCUAUGGCCCAUUCAUCUGCCUCUCCUCUUUAUGGCCAAACUACAAGCCCCCCAAGUCCGUUGAGUUCCUCCGACCCACUUGUAAAUCGAGGUGCUCAACCGACACAGACUGGGGAUACAUUAGGAAAGGCUCUUGCCUCGAUAUAUUCAGCUGAGCCGCCUGGAAAUAGUUUUUCUUCUACUCCUGCUACACCUGUUAGUUCACCUUCCCCUCUCUCUGGGGUUACACAUUGGUCUCGUAGUGGCACUCAUACAGCACCUACACCAAAUUCUGGUUACUCUGAGGGGACGUUACUUCCACUGCAAAGUAGACUGGAAGACAGACUCGAUGAAGCCAUUCAUAUUCUCAGAGAUCAUGCUGAGCAGUCUCGAGGAGUGAUGGAGGAGCGUUUAGAUGAUGCAAUUAAUAUCUUGAGGAAUCAUGCAGAAGGACCAGGGAUUCAGCCAGUGCCUCCUACAACCAGUUUAAAUGAUAUUUCCCCGGUUACUGCACAUUCCAAUGGACUUAUUGCUGCACAGUCCUAUCCUGGAGUAGCAAUUAUUUCUCUGGAUCCUCAUGUGGCUGGUCCAACUAACCUUCCAGAUAAUGUUCUGAGAAGUAGAGGGUCUCAGUCAGGCACAACAGGACCCAUAACUGUUUCUCAACCUUUUGUUACUGGCUUACCUCCAGAUUCUAUACCCACUUUAAAAGAUAAAGUAAAAGAAGUAGAAAAAAAUGAUCUAAGUAGGGGGAAAUCAGCUACUCCAAAUGCUAAUUCAACACCAACAGUCAGUACACCUACUGGUAAUAGUGUGUCUGGUACACCACCUGUUUCAUCUCCAACCUCCACAUCAUCCACAAACACAGCUACAAAUAUAGGGCCACCUUCUAAAGGAACUAAACGUUCACGAACCCGGUUGGAUUGGUGUUUCAGUAGUUCUGGUGAUGAAGAUGAAGUACCUGAAAUAAAAGCAGAGAAGGAUAAAGAAAGAAGGCAAGCAAAUAAUGCUAGAGAAAGAAUUCGAGUUAGGGAUAUAAAUGAAGCAUUCAAAGAACUGGGUAGAAUGUGUAUGGUUCAUCUCAAAGCAGAUAAAGCCCAAACAAAGCUAAAUAUUUUACAUCAAGCUGUUGAUGUUAUAACAAAUUUAGAACAGCAAGUGAGGGAAAGGAAUUUAAACCCCAAGGCAGCUUGCUUAAAAAGACGGGAAGAAGAGAAAAAUGAAGAAGGUCCAAAAUUAGGAAUGCACACCAUUCCUCAUCCUCAGACUCUGGAUUCUCUAACGCAUCAGCGGUUGGCUACUUCUCUACCGGGAAUCCUCGCGCCGAUGACAUUAUCAAGCCAGUGCACAACGACAUUUGCCGAUGGCCAUGACAUUGACCCGCCACUUCUGCCUUAAGACCCUUGUGGGUCAGUGGGAGAAAGAAGAAAAAAGCCAAACUAUAUGGGGAACACAAGCUCUUCUUCCUCCUGGUCAGCCACCUCUGUAAAAACAACUCAGUCCAGCCAUUUUUUCCUUCAAUGGAGAUGCCAAUUAACUCUUCCAUGGGCAUACUUGCUGACCCUUCAGUUGCUCUUCUUCAUCGCAUUUCUUGAGGAGGAAAUAAACCACCACAUUAACUUGACUCGGUGUGGCUACAUGAAAUGUUGCCCUUAACUGAUGUAGAUGUCAUUAUUGUACAUGGAAACAGCCAUCAAUUUUGUAUCAUCAUUAUUAUCAUUAGUUGUAAAUUGUCGUUAGCAUUAAGUUAGCAGCCAUUUGUGUUAACUGAACUUAUUUCAGUCUGUAUGAAUAUCUUACCAUGGUUCACAUCAGAUUAUUUUUAUGAUCAGUUGCAUUUAUGUUUUCCAUUAUAUUUAUGUUUUUUAAUGCUCGCCCACGUUAAAGGAGUCGUUUAUAUGCACUAUGUUGCCAAAAUAUUUUGUUAUGUUUUGUCUAUCAAAUGUCAGAUGCAGAAAUAUUUUUUUAAUAUUUCUAAUUUUUUAUUCGUUUAUUUGACUUCAUUUGUGUGGUAGCUAUUCUGUUUACACUGGUAUAUUAAUUCUAAAUUAGGCCAGGAAAACCUCUCUUUACUUGAAUGUGUUUGGAUACCAUACAAGCAUGUCAUGUUGGUCAUUGGCAAAUAUGAAAAGACAGUACUUCAGCUUGUAUAAUGCUGUAGAUAGUGCUUACUUUGCCAGUAAUGGAACUUUUAUAACAUUGCCUUUGGUAGAAUUUCCUGCUUACUUCUUAAUCGCAAAAGUACCAGAAGGUAGCUUCUGAGUAAAUUUGUUUGUUCACUUGUACAGGCAGCAAAGUUCCAUGUACAGAUGUUUUAUAGACAUAUAUGCAUUUUUAUCUUGCAGCUUUCCAUCUGCUGAGCAUCUUUCUAUUCAGGCAUUUAAUUUUACUAUUUAACUUGCCUCUCAGUCUCGUUACUCUGAAUGUUAUCUGCAUAUGACUUAGUUUUACACAUAUUUUAUCUUUGUUAAAAUGCCUUAAACAUUUAGAGUACCUAUUAUUUAAUUUGUUAUAUUUUUAAUAAAAGAAAACUUGAGAGAUUUGUAGUGUUCCCUUAUCUAUGCAGUUGUCCUUUCAUUGUGUCAUUUUAUGUGUUAUUUAAAUACAGAAGGCUAUGUUAUUGUUUUUUUGUUUCAUAAAUGAAAAUGUUAUUCAUCAUGUAGAGAAAAACAGAAAAAUCUGCUUGGUGGACUCUGGAGAGAUUUUGUAUGAUGUGAAACAUCUCCUUCAGUUGUGCUUGCUGUGUCAUUUGGUAUAAAUUAUGAAAAAUAUAUAUAUUAUUUCACUAUUUUAAAGUGAGAAAGUGUUAUUCAUGACUGUAGCCAUAUUCUGUAAACAUAAUGGUUAACCAUUGUGUUAGCUUCUUGAUCAGAUAAAAUCCAUUAAAGGAAUAGAUAUUCUGAGGAUUUUGUGUUCAAGUUAGUGAAUAUGGCUCUGUUUAUGUUCCCUUUAGAAUUGUCAUGUAAAUAUUUUCUGUAUAGUUAAUAGAGUUAAUAAAUUACAUGCCAGUUGAAAGUUGAUAAAAAUCAGACUCUAUGAAAAGUAUUGACUGUAUUUCAAAGUAAAUGUUUAUUUUCAUUUAAGAGGCUUCAGAGCACUGCAGAAAAUAGUGUGUAUGUGUUAGUGUUUUGUUUUAGUUAAACAGUACAAUCCAUCUGACAAUUUUAGACUCUGAAGUAGUUAUGUAAUUUUUUAUUGACUUGCAUUUAAUGCGUUUCUCAUGUGUUUUUUAAUUGUUUAAAUUAUUCAUAUUUUGUACAGAAUAAAAUUUCUUAUAAAGUAACUUUUAUCUGAAUCUACAUGCAGGAAAUGAUGACGGUGAUUUUACACUAUUGUAGGUGGAAAACUGAAAAGUUCCUUUUAGUACAAAAGUAACGUGCAUAAGAAUCUUGUACAAUUAACUGUAUGCUUCUAUUGUUGAAAUUAUAUUUUGUUAGCAAUACUCUAAAAAGUUCUUCAUGGCAGAUUGUCUAAUGCAAUUUAAAAACUUGUAUGUAAAAGUAUCAGAUCUGAUGUACAAAUAGUUUAAAAUCAUUGAAGAUAAAUUCUUGCACUUUAUACAUACUUUCUGCAAUGAUCAUGAUAUUUUUAUACGGUUCAUCAUCAUCAUUAGAAGCUAUGUUAUGUCUGCUGGGCUUCUAUCUGGACAAAUGUACAGACUGUUUUUGUUGUAGUGAUACUAACUACUUUUGGAAACAGCGCAGGGUGGUGGAACUUCUACUGGCCUCUUGUCACACACCAUCUUGGUUACAGUAUAGAUGGUGUGUACUGUUGACUCUUUACACCUGUUGCACAAUCUCUCCUGGCAGAGGAGAGAUCCGAAUAUAAAUGGUGCCAUCUUUCUUAAUAUUGUUUUUCAAUUCUUUUAGUGUGUAUGAUAAAAUAAAAUUAGUUUUUUAUUCUCUGCCGAAACUA